AUGGCUACCAAAUUUUGCAACACUACUCCUUACGGCACGACUCCCGAGCUGUCACAGGAGUACCGAGAGUCGGUACACGGUGUGGCUCUUAAUUUCCUCUGUACCCAGCACCAUACAGUUCCUGCUUGGGAAAGGCCCAGAUGCUACCCUCAAAACCUCAUUGUCCUCGAAGCCCACCUCACGAGAUUCUAUGAGCACGGAUACUACUUCAACGAGGCUCAAAUUCUGCUGGCAGUGAUGAGACAAUUCGGACAGGAAAGCGACAGCGAUGCUAUUCUUGACUGGCUAUAUGACGAGUUUCUGCUUCGCAUCCAGGAAGAUGCACGUCAUAUCUCAUCGACAACCACAGAAGUUGCACUGCUUUGUGNNAAGAUCACCAGACUCGCUCAAGAGCUCGAGAAGACCGUCCUUCCUCCUGGUCCUAUCCACAGUACAACCGGAUCUACCGCGAAACUUCAAGUUGCAUCAAACACUUCGCUCGUGGAAGAUGAUUUGAAGAAACUGACCAAUCGUGUACAGGAGUUGGAACGUGUAAUCAAGGAGAAUCGCGAUGGUAUGAAGUUAUAUCAAACAGCUGUCCAAAGAGAAGAGCACGCAGCUCGAAUUGAUGCGCUGGAGUACAAGGUCAUGGUAAUGAUGCUGUCUGAUGCUUCGACCUCCUCGAUUGACACGAUUGCCCCUACACGACAACAACACAAGCAGGAGCUUUCGAGCAGUCCGGGUUGGACCUCGGAGGCGUCCACCACGGGGAUGUUUACGCCUACAUNNCCGUAA